CACAAAUCUUCAUUCCUUGAAACCAUAAAAAUCUAAUCCAUCUCUCCUUCUUGUGCUUUGUGUUUACAGUACCAGUUAGUGCUCACUCAGAGAAAUGGCAGGACGUCCGUACACCUCCAUUUUCCUGCUGGUUUCUCUGCUUCUUCUACUCACAUUCUCUGAUGUAGCUGAGGGUUACAACAAGCUUCGUCCUUCAGAGUGCAAGCCGAGAUGUACUUAUCGUUGCUCUGCCACAUCGCACAAGAAGCCAUGCAUGUUCUUCUGCCAAAAAUGCUGCGCCACAUGCCUAUGUGUUCCUCCAGGCGUUUAUGGCAACAAACAAGUUUGCCCUUGCUACAACAACUGGAAGACCCAAGAAGGACGACCCAAAUGCCCUUGAAAAAAAAAAUAUUAAUUAUUAAUAAGAAGCCUGCCAUUGAUUCUAUAUUUAUGUGACAAUGGUGCAUGUCAGCAAGCAAUUAUUUGUUUACUACAUUAGGACGACCCUAAUGCCUAUAUAUCUAAGACUCUAGUAACCUAAUGAUCUUGAGCCCACAAUACUUGUGUUGUAUUUUCUCUUGAUUCAAUUUUGAAACUUCGCUCUGAAAAUUAUGAAAGAAAUUGGUCACAAAGCUGUGAAAUUAUAUGAAAUCGUGGAGACAUUACACGA